GGGCUCUUAAAACCCGGAGAGGGCUCCUUGUUUCUCUUCUUCUGAAAAAUCACCUUUCUUUCACCAUCUCUGCCCAGGACCUUCUCAUUUCCAGAGGGAGAUAGAAAUAGACCAGGAGCAACUGGAUAUGACGGUCCACGGCCACAAAGGAUUCAAGUUCCAAAACUGGGCAAAGACCUAUGGCUGCUAUCCGGAGAUGUACUUUCAGCCUACAUGUGUGGAAGAGGUCAGACAGGUGUUGGACCUAGCCAGGCAGCAAAACAAACGUGUGAAGGUCAUUGGAGGAGGCCAUUCACCAUCAGAUAUCGCCUGCACUGAUGGCUUCAUGAUCCAUAUGGGAAAGAUGAACCGGAUACUCAAGGUAGACAAGGCAAAGCGUCAAGUCACAGUGGAAGCUGGCAUCCUCCUGAUGGAUUUGAAUGUGGAGCUGAGCAAGCAUGGCCUGGCACUCUCCAACUUGGGAGCUGUGUCAGAUGUCACUGCUGCUGGUGUGAUUGGGACGGGGACCCACAACACAGGGAUCAAGCACGGCAUUUUGGCCACUCAGGUAGUGGCCCUAACUCUGCUUACAGCGUCGGGAACAAUAAUUGAGUGCUCUGAGACCAACAAUGCAGAGUUAUUCAAGGCCUCCCUGCUGCACCUUGGUUGUCUCGGCAUCAUCCUCACCAUCACCUUCCAGUGUGUGGCCCAGUUCCAUUUACAAGAGACCUCCUUUCCUUCCACCCUUAAAGAGGUCCUUGACAAUUUAGACAACCAUCUCAAGAAAUCGGAAUAUUUCCGCUUCCUUUGGUUUCCCCACAGUGAGAAUGUCAGUGUCAUCUACCAGGACCACACCAACAAGCCACCCACCUCGGCUGCCAGCUGGUUUUGGGACUAUGCCAUUGGAUUCCACCUGCUGGAGUUUCUGCUCUGGGUCAGCACCUUCCUGCCCCGACUCGUGCACUGGAUCAAUCGCUUUUUCUUCUGGCUUCUAUUCACCAGCAGGGUGGAGAGCAGUAAUAUCAGCUACAAGAUCUUCAACUAUGAGUGCCGCUUUAAGCAGCAUGUCCAAGACUGGGCCAUUCCCAUUGAAAAAACAGGAGAGGCCUUGCGGGAGCUGAAGACCAUGCUGGAGAACAAUCCCAACGUGGUGGCCCAUUUCCCUGUGGAAGUGCGGUUUGUGAAGGGAGAUAACAUCCUGCUUAGUCCGUGUUUCCAGAGGGACAGCUGCUACAUGAACAUCAUCAUAUACAGGCCCUAUGGAAAGGACAUUCCUCGCCUAGACUACUGGCUGGCCUAUGAGCGCAUCAUGAAGAAGGUUGGAGGGAGGCCCCAUUGGGCCAAGGCACACACCUGCACCCGGACAGACUUCGAGAAGAUGUAUCCAUCCUUUCAGAAAUUCUGUGCUAUCCGGGAAAAAUUGGACCCCACUGGAAUGUUCCUGAAUGCAUGCUUGGAGAAAGUGUUUUAUUAAGAAAAGGGAAACAAUAUAAAAUAAGCCUGGCUGCUUGCUCCAAGAUACCCCAACUUCCCACUCCCUCUACCCUCUACCCUCCCCCUGGUAUAGCACAGUACUAGACCAAAUCUCAGAUCCACACAACUUCAGAUGUUAUCGGUUUCCUUGUAAAACAUCUCCAAAACCUGGUUACUCUAUCCAUCUUCUACCUGACAACCUUCAGGGAUGGGGCCAGAGGCCACCCCAUUCCAUUUCAGGACAAUCUAAUCAUUAGGAAAUUUUUCCUUCUAUUGAAUGGAAAUUGGCAUUUCUGCAGUUUCUACCAUUGUUCAUAAUUCUGCCUUCAAGCAGAAAAGGUUUUCGAUUUUCUAUGUAAGAGUCCUUCAGAUACUUGAAGACAGCCCUGGUGUCCUCCCCACCCCCCUAAACACUAAGUCUUGAGAAAACCUAACCCACAGGAUCAGAGACUUAGAGUUGGAAGGGACUUUAAAGGUCACGUAGUCUGAAACCCACACAUCAUUUAUAUCCAAGGAAACUGAGGCCCAGGGAGGUUACAGGGAGGUUUUAAGUCCAAGCAUUCACAAGUAGCAUGUUGCAGAGCCAGAAUUGGUAUGUGGGUUUCUCUUUCCAAAUCCAGUGUCCUUCCCACUGCAACAGGCUGCCUCCCUUCCCCAGUUUCUUCAAAUGACUAAGCAUGAACUCCAGUUCCUUCACCAGCCAGGUUGCCCUCCAACUUCUCAAUAUCUUUUCCUAAAAUGUGGUACCGUAGAACCUAGCAUAAGAGGCUCAUUAUCCUGAUUAUAAUGCCCCUAAAACCAAUAGACAAAGAUUUCACACCCAACGUGAACUUCACUUGUGUGCACAUCCACUGGGUAUUUCUAUACCAGCCAUGCCAGAAUGACCACAAUAUCACACCUGCACUACCAGCAGUGACCUAAUUUCUCUUUAUUAUUGAUAAUAUAAAUCAACUGUUUCAGAUGAAUCCACCCCCCCCCACACACACACACACACAGAAGAGCGAAAGUUCCUUGAGGGCAGCACAGGAACUAUUUCUCCUCCUCCUUAUUUCUUCUCUACCUUCUUCUCCUCCUUCACUUCCUCCAUCUCCUCUUCCUUUUUCUCCUCCUUCUACCCUUUCUCUUUUUUCUUCUUCCUCCUCCUCCUUUUUUCUCCCUUUUUUUUUUUAUCCUCUAGCACAGUGCUUGGUAUUUUAUAAAGGCUUGUUGAAGGUAUGAGCAAACAAGGACUUAAAUCAAUAUUAUAAGCAUCACACACCUUCAACCAUACCCCUUCAAUCUUAUACUCAUCAGCCUGUCUUCCUCCAUUAAAAUUAUUAUUUUUGCUAUCUUUUAAUAAAACGCUUUAUUGACUUC